AUCGAACCGAGCUAUAAACUGAAAACACGAUCAUUCGCGCAGAGAGAGAGAGAGAGAGAGAGAUUUGCAGCUCCGAUUCAAUCUCCGGCGAACCGGCGGGCGGGCGGGGAGGGAGUGAUGGCGGCGUACCGGUGGAAGAGCUUCGAGGAGGACGAGGACCGCCCCGAGAAGCCGCGGCGGUACGGCGUGACGGAGAUCAGGGGCCCUCACUACUCCUUCUUCAACCAGAACCUCCUUCAGGAUAUUUUCGAGUCGAUGGGGCCGUUCGUUGAUGGGUUGAAGUUCUCUGGGGGUUCGCACAGUCUAAUGCCCAAGUCUUUUAUCAAAGAGAUCACCGAUAUAGCUCACGAGCAUAAUGUGUAUGUGAGCACUGGGGAUUGGGCUGAGCAUUUGCUGCGCCAGGGUCCAUCAGCUUUCAAAGAAUAUGUUCAGGAGUGCAAGCAGUUGGGAUUCGACACAGUUGAGCUAAAUGUGGGGACUCUGGAGAUUCCAGAAGACACCCUUCUGAGAUUCGUGCGAACUGUUAAGAGUGAUGGCCUUAAAGUCAAGCCACUGUUUGCGGUGAAGUUUAACAAAUCUGACAUCCCUAAGGCUGGUGAUAGAGCUUUUGGGGCAUAUGUAGUUCCAGAGCCUCGAAGUUCUGAAUUCGUUGAAGAUGUUGAUCUCUUGAUCAGAAGGGCAGAGAGAUGCUUGGAAGCUGGGGCAGACAUGAUAAUGAUAGAUCCUGAUGAUAUCUGCAAUGCUGAUGCUGUCCGAGCAGACCUUAUUGCGAAGAUUGUAGGUCGUCUAGGUCUUGAGAAAACCAUGUUUGAAGCAUCGAAUUCCAGAACCUCGGAGUGGUUCAUCCAACGCUAUGGGCCCAGGGUUAACCUUUUUGUUGAUCACUCUCAAGUCAUGGAUUUGGAGUGUCUUAGAGGGCGCAAGCUGGGUAAAAACCAUUCAUCAGUUCUUGGAUCCUCCUACUUCCUGUUCUGAAUAGGAGAUUGUAAAGAUGUGUAUACCAUGUCGGAAACUCCCUUUGUUACAGAAUUCUGCUGUUCUGUGUAUUGUACCAUUGGCUGUGAUGCCACAAAUAUGAUCAGAGACAGAGUGUAACAUUAUAAAGAAAAGUGUUGCUCUUUUAGCGGGGUUCUUUCAAUUGUCUUUAUACAGUUGCCUGCAAUGAGCUCAGAUUUAUUCUAUCUUGUGAGGAAAAGUGUUGAUUUGCAAAA